AUGGACCUUCGACAGCUGUACACCGACUAUAUCGCCCAGAUCAAUGCCGGCUGCGGCUCAGGCGCUUUGGCGAAGUAUGUCAACAAUGGCAUAGUCCAUAAUGACUCUUCUCCGCUGUCGGUAGACGAUUAUGCACAGAUCAUCCUCGACAGCCAGGCCUCAUUUCCUGGUCUACUCUUCGAAGUCGACAUGUUGGUGACAGAUGAUGCCAACGGCGCCAAAGGUGGUGGGAGCAUUGCUGCCAGAAUCAAGCUAUCCUACGACCGUAGCGUUGCCGCUUCCAAUCCUUCACCUGAGACUACUUCACAGCAGUCCACCAAAGAGACCUUCUAUGAGCACGUCUUCUACAGCCUAGAAGGUGGCAAAAUCUCAAGAGUGUGGAGCAUCCUAGAUGGUGCUGGCCAGAGAUGGAGGGAGGAGUUGGAAGCAAGAAAAGGGCAGUAA